CAGAUCCACUAAACACUUGCAAACCCUUUCGCUGUUCCCCUUAAAGCAGAAGCUCCAAGGUGAAUGUGUGUGUGAGAGAUUUUUUCAUACAAAGCAGAGGAGAAGGAAAAUAGCUGCUGUGGAAGGAAAUAACUUCUUGAAAAGUGACAAAUCCAGAAGCCUUGGUGUGUUUUUUGGGUGUGUGGUUUUUUGUUUUUUGUUUGGCAUGUGUGUUUCUUGCUUUCUUUCUCCCCCCACCCCCCGCAACAACUCUGCUCUUCCCUCUCCAAAGGAUUGCUGAGUUGAGGCUGGCAGCUGGAUAGGAAGAGGAGAAAAAGUCAGCCUUUAUGCACACCAGACGCACCAGCGCAAAGAGACUCCAGCUGCGGCUUCUAGUGGCUGGGAGAAGCGCCUCGAAGAGGGCAUCCGCGUGACCUCUGGAGGCCUGAAGACGACCCUCUGGCCACCUUCCUCGCAGAGGGAGGCAGCAAGAAGCGGCAGGAAAUUAGCCAGCUGGGGGGCGACCGGUUCGCCAGGUGCGACAGGGAGGCUCUGCUGCUCACGAGGAUCGCACCUGGCCCAGGGGAAAGAGGCGGGUGGCAGCAGCCACGCGUGAGAGUCCACCUGCUUGGGCCCCCAAAGGACCUCUUCUCCCUCAGGGCGAGGCGAACGAGAGAGGCCGAGGUCAGCAGAGGGAACGUCCUCCGCCGCCGAGAGCCACAAAAACUUCUGGAAUCUGCAUCUGGGUGUCCUCCCCGGACCGUUUCCGAUGUCCCUCGAAGUCUGGAUCCCCAGGGACCAACGAGAUGGGCCUUGGUAGCAGAGCUUCCCUGGUUUGGCAGAAUGCAGAAAGCAGAAUGAGGUCCUGCAGGGCGGUUGGUAGUCGGAAGCAGGAUUGACACCAACCCGGGUGUGGUGGUUUUCUGGGGUUGCUGCUGAAUUUGGGGGUGGGGGCUAUUAUCAUUUUUGGACUUUCCUGGAUGAGAUGGGCCCUUUGAGGUGAUUUUUUUGUGUUCCCACCCACCCCCCUCCUUGUGUUUUUGUGGGUUGUUUUUUUUUUGUUUGUUUUUUGCAAGGAUGACUGGCCUUGCGGGUUUUGAUUCUUUCGGAGAUCUCUGCUUUUCCGGGAACACUUUUUGACGGAUGACUUUUGGAGAGACUGGACUGCGAAGAGUUUCAAUGUUCUGACUUGGUCUAAGAUGAAGGUAUGGAAGCUUGCAGCUAUAGCCUCGAUGCUCUUCAGUUCCAUGUUGUCCGUUUUGGUUUGUAGAGACUUGUUCACCAGGAGCCAGGAGCACACCCUCUUCUCCUCGCCGCUGUUUUCGAGAAGCUCGCCGUCUUCCUCGCUUGCCGAAGGCCACAGGAGGCACCCAAGGGCUCUGGGACGCCGCGGGUCGCUGAUCUCCCAGUACAGCACGUUGUUCGAGAGCUACACGGAGGGAGAAAUCCGCCACCUUAUCUCCACGCUGAUCGAGAGGUACAGCCAGUCCAUGAACUCGGGGGGCCACGAACUGCCGCUCUUCGCCAAAGCCGGCAACCGGAUGAAGCGCGCCAAGGCCCGCCACAAGCCCUGCUCCCUCAAGGAGCUGGAGGUGACUGUCAGCGAGCUAGGCCUCGGCUACAAGUCGGACGAGACUGUCCUCUUCCGCUAUUGCAGCGGCACCUGCGACUCGGCUGUGCGCAACUACGACCUGUCCCUGAAGAACGUGAGGAGCAUGCGGAAGAUAAAGAAGGAGAAGGUGAGAGCCCGCCCGUGCUGCCGCCCCCUGUCGUAUGACGACGACGUCUCCUUCUUGGACGCGGGGAACCGCUACUACACGGUGAACGAGGUGUCGGCCAAAGAGUGCGGCUGCGUGUGAUGGAGCAAAGGAAGGAGGAGGAGGAGGGGGAGCCCGGCUGCGCACCCAGAAGUGCCCAGAGGCUGCUGGCGUGUGGGUGGUUGUCCAAAGGUGGAAGAGGACGCGAGGAGAAGACCGCCAGGGCAUCCCCGCCUGGAGCAGCCAAGGAGACAACUGGAUUUUAAGUCUACCUCAGGGCUGUCAAUGGAGGCCAAGGGAAACCAGCGUCUGGUUGGGGGGCUCCUCAACGGGUGGGGGAGUCAGGGAGCCCCUGUGGCCUUGGCCUCUUGGUGCGGCAGCACAAGGAAUCCUGUCAAAGGCCUCACCGGAACAGCCCGUCGCGCUGCCAUGAUGGAGAAGCCGGUGCACUCUCAACGCAGCCGGCUGGAGGAACGUCGUUCCAAGCUUCGCAGCGAAUCAAAAACAAGAGAGAACUCUUGCUUGGUGGUCUUCUGCAGGGGCCACCGCGCCUUGGAGCAGCCCCAUGGGCGAUGCCCACUUUGCCCAAGCUGGAGAUCUUUACAGGAAUGGUUCCACGUGGGGCCCGGAUGCCAGGGGCCGUUGCUGCCCAUGCUGCGCCUUCUGAAUCCUGCGGGCGAAGGAGGGUCAAGAGAUUGAGGUGUGCUCCUCCUAUACUACAGGAGUGCCACCGUGCCACCAUCUUAAAGUACACACACAGUUAUAACAGUGCUGUGUGAAAUGUAUGUUUGUAUAUAUACAUGUAGACAUAGGUUUAAAGUAUCAACAAAUGUGUACAAAAAGGCUGCCAUUCCUUUCCAGGAAUUGCAUCAAAUUCUUAACGGAGUCGAUUGGAAUCGGCGUUGUCGGGGGCUUCUGAAAUCGAAGAGCUCAAAUGUUUCCACAUUAAACAUUGGAGGGACAUUGGAGAAGACUACAGUUUGGUGGCAGAGUUUUGCAGGUUUCAAUUCCUGGCACCUCCAGUUAUGUCUGAAAUCCUGGAGAGCCUCUGCCAGCCGGUUGGGCCAACAUGGAGCUCUGUGGACCCGACUCAGUUUAAGGCGCCUGCACGGUUGUUUAAAUCUGCUCAGAACCAUGAGGACUAGGUGCUAAAAUUAAUUUUAUGGGAAAGAGGCAUAGUUGCAUGCAGGCGGGCCAAAGUUCAAUCUCUGGCAUUUCGAGGUAAUUCAGGGAAGGGCGCCCCUGCCUGUGGAGAACUGUUGAUGGUUUAGUGUAGAGAGAAUAAUAGAAUGGUUGAGUUGGAAGGGAUCCCAGGGGUCAUCUAGUCCAACCCCCUGCAAUGCAGGAACCUCAACACGCAGUCCCCCCCAUCCCGUUUGAAAGCACAGGAAAGGACCCUGUGCUAGCUGUUUUAUUAGGACGCAAUCCUCAGAUCUUCCUACUCCUGAGAAAUGGAGCAGGCCAGUGUUUCCCAAACUUGGCCCUCCAGCUGCUUUUGGACUACAACUCCCAUCAUCCCUAGCUAGCAGAACCAGUGGUCAGGUAUGAUGGGAACUGUAGUCCAAAAACAGCUGGAAAGAGACCCAAGUUUGGGAAAUCCUGGACGAGGCAAUGUGUGAGCUCCUAAAGCUCUGGCCAAGGUAACUUCCUAGUUGUCUCCAGACUGGUAUACACUUUGUGAGGGACCAUAAUUUUGGAAGCAGAACGUCCUGAGUUCAAAUCUCUGGAAUUGCCUUCUUUCCAAAGGAAUCAGCUUCCAGGUUCCAUCUUUGCUUGAGAACUGCAGAAGCCACAGCCAAUCAGAGGAGAGCAGCCUUCCCCAAACUGGUGCCCUCCAGAUAUCACAGAACUACAACUCCCAUCUGUCCCCGCCAGCUUAGCCAGGGGUCUGGGAUGAUGGGCUUUGCAGUCCUGUAACAUCUGGAGAAGGUUACAGUACACAAUAACCCAUUAGACCAGGCACCCCCAAACGGUGGCCCUCCAGAUGUUUUGGGACUACAACUCCCAUCAUCCCUAGCUAACAGGACCAGUGGUCAGGGAGGAUAGGAAUUGUAGUCCAAAACAUCUGGAGGGCCGAAGUUUGGGGAUGCCUGCAUUCGAUGAAUCAAUGACCUGACUUGGCAUUUAGGCAACUCUCUCUGUUCUGUCAAAUAAUGGAAAUUGUGACAGUCAAAACAAGUUGCUGUGCUUCCCAAAGCGAGGCUGAUGGCUUCUCUACGUAAGAAGGAACUAGAUAUUCAGGCGCAAGAGGCCUUUGCUUCUGACCAGUGAGGAGGGAGAUAAAUUUGAUUCAGUUACCAUUUAAUGGCAAAUUAACAACAACAACAACAACAACAACAACAACAACAACAACAACAACAACAGCUUAUUAUUUAUACCCCACCCAUCUGGCUGGGUUCCCCCAGCCAUUCUAGGUGGCACCCAACAGAAUAUUAAAAACAUGAUAAAACAUCAAACAUUAAAAACUUCCCUAAACAGGGCUGCCUUCAGAUGCCUUCUAAAAGUCAGAUAG